AUGACACCCCAGGUUGAGCUAUAUGGGGAUUAUUCCCUCCUGAUAGUUAUCCUUGGUUUAGAACUGGUUUUUGUGGGUGCUGUCUUAGGCGUGUUCCUUAGAGCAGUGCAAAAGCAAAAAUCAGCUAUUCAGAAAUCCGUAAGUGAAGUGAUAAAAUCUUUCCAAGAGUCAAUGAGAACUUUGCAGGACCAGCUAGAAAAAGAGGCUAUUCAAAAAUCUACCGGUGAGGUGAUAAGAUCUCUUCAAGAGUCAAUGAAGGCAUUACAGGAGCAAUUAGGAAAAGAACGCCUGCAGUUAACUGCUGAGCGUCAGGCACUCCAAAGAGAGAGAGAGAUUAACUCAUUGCUUCGGUCAGCCCUACAAGAUGAGGAGGAACAAAAUGAAAGGCUUAAAAAGAUACUGGAAAUGAAAAAUUGUGAAUUGCGGGAUAUUAAUUCAAAAUACCUUAAACCGGUAGAUGUUAACAAAUCCCUGUACCCCUCUGGGGAAUUAGAAGAGUUGAAGCAAAGUUACCCAGAGGACGAGGUAAUACAUAUGCGUCCCCUCAUUAAAACCGAAACCACUGGCCAGGGGGCAGAUCGGCAAACUACCACACGAAUUACCCCGUACACGGGGGAAGCACUGGCCAAAAUUCAGGAAAAAUACAGUCGUAAGGCCAGUGAAUCAGAGACUGAAUAUGUGUGGAGAGUAUCCCUUACAGGAGGGGAUCGGAUUUUGUUAAGUGAAGAUGAGGCCAGAGGAUUUUGGGGCCCAGGGGUCUUCCUGACCACAAAUGAUAACCGAGCACCGUGGCCGCUGACCCAGAGAGCUGCCUACUGGGCAGGCGGGUUAGAUCCUAUCGAAAGGGGAGAUCCUCACACAAUUAAAACCCCCACAAUUGGCCACAUUGUCGAAAGCGUACAAAAAGCUGCAUGCCUCCAAUUAAUCCAUACAAGAUUGUUGGACUCGCAGCGGCAUUCCCCUAUGGAACUCGAAGCGGAUCCACAAAGAUUUCCCGCCCUGAUAAGAGGUCUGCCUGAUGCACUAAAAACUCAUGCUAAACAACUACAAGAGCGCAUAAUGACAACCCCCAGGCCCAGAAGAAGGGGUGCUCCACUGGGGAUGACCUGGUUAGAGGUAGCCCAAGAAUUGGUAACUACUGGUCGACAGUUGGGGGUCUCUGAUACAAGUAGUGUUAAGCAAAAAACAGAUAUCAGAAGGGUAGGAGAGAUCCGAAAACCACCUUUGCCAGGUAGUCGUCAGCAAAAUGCGACACCUGGUGAGCGAACAAGGUACAGUUUGUGGGUGGAGGGUAUCGAGAAAGGAAUUCCUCGAGAAGUGAUGGAUAAAUUACCCACAGCUAAUUUGGAACACUUGAUAAAGCAGUGGGAUAAGAUCAAAAAGCAUGAAUCACCCCCUGGGGGCAACCCUCCCCAGGAAUCCAACACUAUGGUUCCCUCAGCCCCACCAGAAAUCAAUUUAACCAAUCCCGAGUUGGGAAACGGGACACACCGCUCCCAGUAA